GUGGUUAUGAGAAAAAAACACUGACACUGCGUAUACGUAUGAUUCGAAUGGAAGGAGAAAGUAUGGCGGAUCAACGAGAUUUGGUGCAUCUCAACCGCUUGAAAUGCUUCAACGAUGCUGUUUUUGCCAUAGUAUCGACCAUUUUGAUUCUUCCCAUCCGCAAAAUUCCAGAAAACUCUUCUAAAGACCUUGAAACUGAGCUGGAUAAACGAUGGAAGCAGCUUGUAGUGUAUUUCAUAUCGUUUCUUGUUAUUUGCUCUGUCUGGGAAUCCCAUGUGCACCGUUUUAAGAUUCUUGCCCAUGUAGACGAUGUGUUAGUUUGGUUGAAUCUAACCUCUCUCAUGUUUACCUCGUUUUUACCGUUUGCGUGUGCACUGGAGGGAAAUUAUCCGACAAAAUAUCUUCCUUUAAUGCUGAUUUGCGCUGACAUGUUAGUUGUAGAACUUCUCGAAGUGGCUAUGAUUUUCUAUUCCUUUCACCAUGACUACUUACUGAUAGACGAACUAAAAGACCUCUCUAAGGAACAACAGAAGGAAAGAAGAAACUAUAUGUUGGCGAAAAAACUUCUUAAUCCAAUUCUGUAUAUUUUGGCUGGAUCUCUGAGUCUCGUCAAUUCCGUUACUUCAUGGGUUGUGAUUUCUAUCGUCAUCAUCACGCCCUGCAUCCAUCGUCUAAUUGGCUUCAUCUUUCGAAAAUGCAAGUUUGUUCGCGUGGCUGGAGCAGAUUUUGAUCUUAUGUUCGGUAACUACAUCGACACAGAGAGGGUAGAAUGUUUUAGUGAUGGAGUAUUCUCGAUUGUCUCGACUCUGCUGGUAUUGGACAUCACAACAGAGAAUUUGCCAUCUGAAAACUGUGUCGAACAAUUUGGAAUCGAUAGAGCUGUACUGAACAUGUGGCCGAAGUUCUUGAUAUAUGCAGCAAAUUUCAUUGUGAUUGCUCUCUUGUGGUUUAUCCAUCACUCUCUCUUCCACUGCAUCAAAAAAAUGAAUCAAUUCAUGUUGGUUUGCAACAACAUUUCCUUGGCUUUCGUUGGUUUCUUUCCCUUUAUUGUUGCCAUUUUGAACAAGUUUGCUGACAAGCCUAGGAAACCUGAUGACAGCACAAAGCUUGCUGUGCAGUGUGGCUCAGUGGUCAUAUUUAUGGCAAGUAUGUCUCAAGCUGUUGUAUUUGUUGCUGCACUGUGGAAAGGUCCAUCCCAUCUGGAACCAAAGGUGAACCCAGCUGUUUCCAAAACGAGUCACUACUACUUGACUUUGAAACUUGCCAUUUUACCUGUUAUUAGUCUUGCAGCAUACAGCAUUGCAAUUACAGCAAGUGCUUUAAUAAUCUAUAUUGCUUUCCAUGCUGGCGCAUUUGUAACUCCAUUCUUGUUCCUAGCACUGAAAUUCUGCUGGGGCCAUAGGGAAGUGGGUGUUUUGAGACACGAUGUUGCCAUGGAUCCUGACUUGGAGACCUGGGUACCUCCCCCUCACAGAAGUAGGUUGCGUCUUCAAAAGAAUUUCAUAGGUGACACCACUUUAUCACAGUCAUUAGCAUGCUAAGAAAAUUUAAAUAGUUUCAGACUUAAGGUGGCCCAAAAUAGUUUUGCUGUUUUUUGAAGCAAAUUCUUUGUUAAAUGUUUUCUACCCUAUGUUUAAGUUGACAAAAAUUAUACUGGCUCUAAACUGAUAAACUGAAUGUUCUGAAUUAUUUGAAAUUUGCACAAAGGUGCAUCUUGAAAUGAUGACUGCAUUUCAAUAAACAACAACUGGUGUCACAGUCAUCAUUUUUUGUUUGGGUUUUUUUUGUUAAUCAAAUCUAAUUAUGGUGUUUCUACAAGCUUAAGCAUUGGUACUGCAACCUUAAAAAUAAUAAAACUGAUCCAAAUUUGUUUUUAAAUAAUUAGGUAAUUAAGUAUUAUCAACUGAGUUAAUAAUACUAAAUUACCCUGUUAAACUCACCCACCGAUGCAGCACCUCAGUUUCUUUAAAAACUUACCCACCUUUAUUUAAAUAAUUUAGUUUAUAUCACUCCAAAGGAAACAAAAGAAAAAGUGUUGAUGCCACAAUUCAUUAAAGAAUUGGUGUUCAAAAAAGUGGCACAACCAUUUUGAGCAACCUUUAAAUGACCUAAACUAGCCCUAAAGAUUCAGAUGCAUGGAAAGGAUGGUGUCUGAAUCAAGGAGAAAUACAGGAAUAUCACCUGUCAGAUAUUCUUAAUAGUUCUCAUUUACUUUUUUCUUUGUGAGAUAAUAAUAUUUUAUGUUCAAGUUCAUUACAGAGCUCUUGCAAAAUACCCGGACAUCUUGAUCUGGAGUUUAGGUUAGUAAUGAACAGGCUUGGACCUCUCCAUGCCAUUAUUUAUACCAAUUCCUAUUUAAUUUUAGGAGGUAAGACUCCUGUGAGGUUUCAUUUACAAUUAUGUUUUGCAAGCAAAUUGUGUUGUUAAGGUUAAAAGAUGUUUUGUAAGGGUAAUGAUGGUAUACAUAAAUAAAGCAUGUUUGUUUUGCAAACAUUUUCCUCUCUCCAAAAGCAAUUUUAAAAUUGCAGCUAUGUUAAUUAUGGAAAUAGUAUCUUCCCAAUAUUUUGUGAUGUUGUGUCAUCUCUAAGAUCAAGAAAACUAGUGUAAACUUUUGGAGCAACGUGGUUUCCAAAGAGAAGUCAACUAAAAUCUCACCCUUUUGUGAGUCCAAUUCCAUUCAACAAUCUUUAACUAAAUAGACUGUAGCUUCUGUAGAUACUUUAUCUGACAGAUUACUUUGCCUACUAAUUUUAAGUAUUGAGUUAACAAAAUUUUUCGAAAGGUAUUGUUAGUACCUGAAUUAGAGAAAUUAUAAGUUUGCAAAAUUUAUUUUGCAAAGAAAGAUAAUGUAUAUUGCAUGAGAGAAAAAGGAAAAAUCAUUAUUUUGUAAUAAAACACAGUUUAAACUAAUUUAAGCCAAUUGAUACAUAAUGUUUAGAACCUAAGGCAGUUGAGAUAGCUGUUUGCUUGAAAGGCAAUAAUAAAUGCGUUUUCAAAAAUCAA